AUGAGGAUAUUUGUGCAUAUACUCGCGUUUGUGUCGUUAUUGACACUGGUGGCUGCAUGGUCAAAGGAAGACUAUGAGAUUUUUGACCUGGUCACUGCUGUCGAAAAUUCCGAAGGCAAAGGAACGACUUUUUAUUCUUGGUUGGGUGUGACGGAAAAGGCAAACUCUGCAGAGAUUACGAGGGCGUAUCGGAAAAAGUCGCUCGACUUGCAUCCGGACAAGAAUCAUGGAGUGCCUGGUGCGAAUGAACGCUAUGCUCGUCUCGGUGUCGUUGCGCAGGUUCUCAGCGAGGGACGUGAGCGAUAUGACUUUUGGAUGAAGCGUGGUGUGCCAAAGUGGCGAGGAACGGGAUAUUAUUUCAACCGAUUCCGACCUGGACUUGGGAUGGUCUUGGUGUUUUUGACGCUGUUCACGUCGUUGUUGCAAAACGUCGUGCAUCGGAUGACCUACAAAUCCGAGCUAGAACGCGUGCGCACCUUUAUGUUAUUGGCGCGCAAGGCGGCGUGGGGACCCAAGCUGCAGCGAAGUGAAGCUGCGCGCAAAGUCAAGGUGAACAUUCGUGGGAAUCCCGACGUCGAGGGAGAAGAACAAGUGUCUAUUCCGGGGCGAACGGUCGAAAUGCUCGUGCAAGGGGACGAAGUCUACAUCUUGGAUGGGAAUGAGAGGCAUAUUCUAGACGAGAGUACGCCUAUCAAGCCGAGCUGGCGCCGGACAUGGCCGGUGGUGCUCGCAGUGUGGGCGAUGGGUCUCGUGAUGGGCAAAAAGGAGGAGAUGGCGGAGAUGGGCGGUGAAGAAGAUGAGGAAGUGGCUGAUGGAUAUGAAGUCGUACAAGAGGACGAGGCCAAAGGAGCGCCAGCUGGGCCUACAAAGACCGGGAGCCGCCGACGCAAAGGGGUCAAGAAGUGA